AUGAUUUCAUCCUCAUUAUCCUCAUCCUCUUCAUCCCCAUCUUUAUUUAUUGAUAUUUGCAGAUCAUAUUCAAAGAAUGGGGUUUGUUUGGUAGAUGGUUGCAUGUAUAGUCACCCACCAAAUGUUUAUAAUCAAUCAUCACAACCACAGCAACAGCAACAGCAACAGCAAUUACAGCCACAACAUCACUAUAUGCAUACAAUAGUCAAAAAAGAGACUGUAAUGACACCAGUUUCAUCUUGGGAGGAAGCUGGUAAUUAUCAUCAUGUCUCAACACCAGAAACUUAUUUUAAAAAUUCAUCUAUACCACCACCACCCCAAUCAUUUGUCCAUCAUCACUUUCAACCUCAAAACCCACCACAUUUAAUUUCACCACCAUUUAUUGUUUCAUACCCUCCACAAAUAUUAGCUCAACAAAUGCACCAUUCACCACCAACUUCACCAAAUCAUAAUAACACUAAUAAUAUAAUUGUAAAUCAUCAAAAUAUACCAAACACAAAUAGCGGUUUUAAACAGCAAUCACAAUCACAAGUACAACCACAAUCACAAUCACAAUCGCAACAACAAACAAACACACAACCAUUACCACCAAAUAGUAAUAAAAAAAUUUGUAAAUUUUUAAAUCGUUGUAAAUAUGGAGAGGAGUGCGCUUUUUAUCACCCAAAGCCUGGUGAUGCUUUUUAUUCUACAAAUAAUUUAAUGAACCCAGAUUUAAUGUCAGCGAUACAACAUUCUUAUCAACCAAAUUCACCACUACCACAACAAACAAAUAUUUAUCAAUCUCCUUUACCACCAUAUUUCUAUGGCAGUAAUAGACAUCCUACUGCACACUCACACCAAAACUCUGAUUAUCAUUUAAUGCAACCACCAGCUUCUCCACCAUAUACCCACCAACCAAUUCAUCAUUACUCACCACCCUCUCAUCACCACAACCAACCAACCCAUCAUAAUGGUAAUAAUAAUCACAACAACUCUCACCACAAUCAACCAACCCAUAAUCAUACAGAGACAUCUGCUGCUAAAAAUCCAAAUUAUAUUUCAAUUACACCUGAGGCAUUAAUUCAUUCAUUAUCAUUUUCUUCAUCAACAUCAUCCUUAUCAGAUCAGCUUUCUAUUCAUUCUUCAGAAGAAAAUAAAUUAGGAUCAUCUGUUUCUUCGCCACUUCCAUCACCUUCAUCCACAUUAUCAACACCUUCACCACCAAAUACACCUGUAUCGUUAUCCACUGAUCCAACAAUUAUUUAUACAAGGACUGAAAUUGAAACUAAAAACGUGGUUAAAGAAAUUUUAGUAGAAGGUAAUGAAAAAUCUUUAACAAAUAUUGAAAUUGAAAAUAAAACAGUUAUUGGUGAAAAACCAUUUGAAAAGAAAAAAUAUACUCGUAAUAAUAAAGAAUAUAAUAAUAAUAAUAAAGAAUAUAAUAAUAAUAAUAAUAAUAAUAAUAAUAAUAAUAAUAAUAAUAAUAAUAAUAAUAAUAAUAAUAAUAAUAAUGGUAAUGGUAAUGGUAAUGGUAAUGUUAAUGUUAACAAUAAUACUAAUGGCAGUGGUAAUCAAUCAACUCCAGAUAGAAGACGUAAAAUAGUUAAUAAUAGUAGUAAUAAUAAUAAUAAUAAUACUACAACCACAGUUACUACUACCAACAAUGAUAUUACAAAUUUAAAUACCAACAACACAUAUAAUAAAAAACCAUUUGAAAAGAAAGUUUCAGGUGAAAAAAGAGAUAAUAAUACUAGAAAACCAAAAUCAAACGAUAAUUCAACCACAAUCCCAAAUGCAACGAUUGUACCAAUUUCAACUUCACCACCAGUAGCACCAGCACCUUCCCCAUUACCAGCAACUAUUCCAAGCACAGCUACAAUUCCAACUGGUAUUGCCAAUACAACCGCAGCCACAUCUCCAAGUAAAUCAUCAUCAACCCAUAGAAUAGACAGAUCAGGAGAAUAUAAGGGUAAAAAAAAACCAACAACACCAACUCAGCGUCCAAAUAAUACAUCCACCAAUUCACCAUCAACACCUAUCAAACAAACUCCAUCCCAACCUCGUCAAUCACCAAAUACCAAAAAAAAUUAA